AUGAGUGCCAUAGCCAGCCUCGUGUCGCCGUUGCCGUCGCCGUCGCCGCCGGUGAAGUGCGGCCAGUUGAGGAUGAUCUCCACGGUGCCCCAGUUCGCCAAGUGGGCGCAGACGCCCGCCAGCACUGAGCAACUGCGGCGGUUCCGUCAGGCCGUGGCGGCUGGGGAAGCUGGCCACCGCUCCGGCUUUUUCCAUAGGUACCUCAAACCACAGGCCGUCGCAAUAGCUGGGUUGUCGACCAUUCUUGGUCUUGGACUUUGGUGUAUGAGCAACAACCUCCGCCCGUCCGAGGUUGACUGGGUCAAAACUGGCGUUGUUUCUCCACUUGUCAGGACACAAAACAACUGUCAAUGCUGUUGGGCCAUGGCUGUUGUAGCCUCGGUCGAAGCCGCACACUAUCAAAACACCUCGCAGUUAAUCUCAUUGUCGGUUCAAGAACUCAUCGACUGUGACACAGAGAGCAAUGGGUGUGAGGGCGGUCACAAAGAGAACGCCUUCGGGUAUAUACAAGACAACGGACUCUUGACCAAAUCCUCCUACCCGUACAUGGCUCGGAGGAGUAAAUCGGGUUGCUACCGGUACAAAACACAAGAAGCGGCGGCAAGGAUAUCAGGGUUUCGAUUUGUCGACCCAACCGAGGAUUCCCUAGAGAAAGCUGUAGCAAAGCAGCCCGUAGUUGUCACUUUGCAAGGCUCCGAUGAAUUGGAAAACUAUAGUGGAGGCAUAAUGGAUUUCAAAGUUGUCGAAGCAGGGACAGGGUGGACGCAUGCCGUCCUCAUUGUUGGUUAUGGCACAGAUUCAGCCGGCGUCAAGUAUUGGCGCUUCAAGAACUCGUGGGGGCCAGGCUGGGGUGAGGGAGGUUUUGGGAGGAUCCGCAGGCACGUUGACGAUGAGCGAGGCGCACUGGGUAUUUUCAUGAAACCGGGAGUACAUCCGGUGCUUGAGGACUGA